AUUUCUUUAAUCUAUUGCUCAGUGCUGAAGGCCGGUGAGCAGUGACAGGUUGCAUACAGAAUAGCAUAGAUGGCGCUAUUCAUAACAGCGUUCUGCGCAGUCGUUAAAAUAGAACGGUUGCUAGGUGAUAGAAUAUAACUCGUUAUGUCACGUAUGUCAUGGAAAUGCAAAUUGUACAACAAUAAAUAAGAUAAUAAAUAAUAUAAAAAGGAAUUGUAAGAAAUAGACUUAAAAUGUCGUUUCUCUAAUUUCAGAGCAACGUCAUUGUUUAUUUCAAGUUCUAGUAAAAUAGACACUUAACGGUCUUAUAAAACGACAUUUUUCGUUAAAAUCAAGAAUAAUGGAGAAACUUCGAUUUAAAUUUGCGGUUUUGGGAGCGUCGGACGGAAAAACAAAUGUGAUCUGCAUCAUGUCAAUUGAAACGCCGGAUGGAUGCACCUUUGAAAUUCCAGAUGAAUUCAAGCCUGCAAGCAAACACACAGCUAUAUUUUCGUCAGACGUAUUCACUAAAAUAAGAGCUUCACUAAAAAAAAGGCACCAAACACGAUCUAUAUGGAUUCCGUUAACUGAGGAUCUAAAGAAAACAUACUUAGAUGAAGGUGAAAAUGUACAAUUCGGGGACCAAUAUUUGAACGAAAUUACAGAAAAAACAAAUUCAUUUGAAAAUAACAAUAGAGACACUAACCCGGAAAAAAAGAAUAUUGGAAAAACAGCUGAAAAGUUUUUGAUAGAAAAAUUUUCGAACAAAACAUCAAGUGCUGACCAAUGGCUUGAUGAAUUUGAGGGUGAAUGUGACAGAUUUGACAUAAAAGAGGAUCAAGACAAAAUAGGAAUUUUAAAACAUCUCUUGGAAAAACAGUGCCUUGACUGGUAUAGCAGUAUGUUAAUUAAGCUAACUGUAAACUCAGAAUGGACAGAAUGGAAGGCCAACUUUUGUGAAACAUACGGGAAAAAGGGCUGGUCUCAAGUCAAGUAUGCUUUUACAUUUAGAUAUAAAACAGGAUCAUUAUUGGAAUAUGCUACCAGAAAAGAAAGACUGUUAUUGGAGGUUAACAAAAAUAUAGAUACUCCAACUAUGAUAAAUCUUAUUGUGAUUGGACUACCCGACUACAUUAUUGAUAAAAUAGACAAAGAAGAGGUAAAAUCAACUUCAAAUUUAUACAAUGAAAUCGGUAGGUACGAACAUACAGCAAAUAAGAAGAGUUUCAUAAAAAAAUGGAACACCAACGAAACUAAAGGAAAAUCGGAUAAGAUAUUGCCGUGUAAGACUUGUGAGAAUUUAAAUAAAGGCACACGGUUCCAUCCGGAAGACAAAUGUUGGUUCAAACAGACAGAAGAUAAUAAAAAUAAGACGAAGAGCUAUUACAAUAAAGCUGUAAAUAAUGCAAUGAUUGAUGUUGAACUCAAUAAUGACAAAAAAAACGAAUAACAACACCAUUAAUUAAAGUCGACCUGCUAUUAAAUAAAAAGUUAGAAACUCAGGGAGUAUAUGAUACCGGCUCGAAUGUUUCUUUGAUACAUUCGAAAUUAGUAAGAGUAAAAGGAGAAGAAAAUUCUAGGAAUGAUAAUCUAACUACAAUUAAUGGUGUUAAAAAAGCUAAGGGUUUGACAACUAUAGAUAUACAGUGUUUUGACACUGAAAAGAAA